AUGGUAGCAGAUGUUGUCACCUCACGAAUUAACUUUUAUCCGUAUACUGUUCUACCAUCUGCUAGACCUGUAUAUCAGUAUGAUCUCUCAAUACAUAUAUCAAAUCAAGGCUAUAGCCUGGACAACGCAGAUUCUUGUAGGGCCUUGGAGAGGUUUUGCGAGCAACAGGACGCGGCCCUUGGAAAUAAUUUGGAGCACGGCCUUUUUUACUCUCUGAUUAUAGAUUUCCCUAGUAGUGACGCUUGCCCGAUAUCUUCCUUUUACUCCCAGAUUGACCUGGGAUCCAGGCCUAUAACACAUACAGUUGAAUUUCUGUCAACCCAGAAACCGAGGAGGAGAGGUGGGCGAGUAGGGGGCAUGCGAAAUAACAUAGCAGGACCGCCCAUUACUCCCGUUCAAGCUACUGUCAAGGUUACUCGGGUUCGCCAAAUGGAUCCCACGGACUUGAUGUCCAUGAAGAUUCUACUAAAUAUUUUACUUAGACGUACCUUUGAAUCUUCUCUUGGUAUGCUCAAUAUUCGCUCAGGAUUUUACGAUUUGAGGAAUCCAUCUAUACACGCAAUUCAGAUUGAUGGAAGAGGAUACGACAUCUGCUGGAUCCCCGGCUUCCGGCUCACCACGGCGACAUUGCGUGGGAAGCUUGGGCUUCAGAUCCUUCCAGAAACAACAAAGGUUCGUUCCAAAUCCAUGAAUGAGCUUCUUACCGAGAGACGUGGAAACAUCCACCCUAGUGCACUGGCAGUCAUCACUGUGAUGGCUAUGCACAACGGAAAGGUUUUCAGAGUCCACUCUAUAGUUCAGGGGCAGACCAUUGUCUCGCCACUGGCAAACGGCAAUGAAACAGACUAUUUUACCUACUACUCAACUAGGUAUAGAGAUAAGAUUGACUCUGCUGGACUUUCCUUACUGAGACACAACGAUUAUUGUAACUCUGUAAUGCAGCAGGACAAGUUCAUCCUUAAACUCACCCCACUUAAGAGGACUCAAAACGGAAAGGUUGUACGACCUUGUAAUGUACCAUCAUCCCUUUGUAUUAUUAUAAGUGACAAUGAAAUUGCCCCCUACGGUGUCUCCAAGCUCAGCACUAAUAGGGCAGCUGUCGCCUUGAGCACCAUGAGCCCAGAUGCAUUGCUCGAAAAAGCAACAGCGUUUGCUGCGAGACUUGCGGAAGACACAGAGCUGCAGUCUCUUUUGGGAGAUUAUGGAUUCGGCUUCACCAGCAAUCCUCUGGAACUGGAGACAUUUGUCUGCAAGCCCCCCAAGCUCAUGAUGGACAAUACCUCUCGUAUAGUUACCAUUGAAGAUGAUAGUGGGGGUGUCUUUCACAAUCUUCUCCAAUCACCCGGAGUGUCUCCGAUUUACUAUUCCAAUAACAAUCAGCCUGCGACGGGCAUGCCUGUUUGGGCGAUAAUGGUUCCACGGAACUUAGGGAAUGAUUAUGCACGAAGACUUAGGAAAGAACUUACUGAGCGAGUUCGCUCCUUGGCAGGCACUACGGCUCCUAACAUCGGAGACCCGCCACUUAUAGCAGUCGAGCUGAGCAACCAGCGACGUGAGAUGUACAGGGUGGAACCAUAUAAGGACGCCUUCAAAGCGCUACUCAAUAAGCUUAGAUUAGAGUACAAAGAUGCCAGAGAGAGUGAGAUAGUGGCCAAGAUUCAACUUGUUGUGAUCGUUAUUCCAGGACCUAAGCAGGAUCGUGGAGACUUGUACAAAGGUAUCAAGCAAUUCUAUACACAUAUGGGGAUUGUUACCCAGUGCCUUUUGGCCCCAAAGUCAUCUCAAAAUGAGCUGCAGUGGUAUGACCAAGCAGUGCUCAGGAGCGUCUGCCAACAAAUAUAUGCUAAAGCAGGCGGGGCUGUGUGGGCUCCCGUACUCCCCCCGCAGAAUGUAUACUCCAAAUCUACGAUGCUGUGUGCACUUGACAUCUCUCGCCCGAAGAAGACCGUAGGAAGGCCGGCAGAGGUGCCCAUAUCAACCGCAGGAUUUAUAUCUACGUAUGAUGGCUCCUUUGAGUACAUUUACUCUCAAAAGAAGACUCUCGUGCCAAACAGAUUGAAUCAUGGGGGAGAGCUCCAGCAGCAAACUCUUAUGGAGGCCUUCAUUAAGAACUCUUGUAAUGUGUAUCUUGCAUUUAAUAACAGGAUCUUACCAGACCACAUUGUCAUCUUCCGGGAUGGGGUAUCAGACAGCCAAAUCAGCGCCACCUUGGAGGUAGAAAUCAAGUCGUUAUAUGAGUGCUUGCGUCAAAUAUAUCACAAAUCCAACCGUCCCAUGUGUGACCUGAAGGUUAUAGUUGCUCAGAAAACGUGCGCUAUGCGUUUUUCCGCUGUUGGGGGUACUGUUUUACGGUCAGGGUACUAUGUGAUUAACCGUAGCCCGGACAAUAGACAGCAGGGAUCCGAGUUUCUUAUGGCCAGUCAGGCGAUAGUUCACGGAACAACUCCCAAGCCAAUCCGCUACAAGAUCAUAUUUGACUCCAUGGAGGCCUCAGUAGACAACGACUCAUUUAAUCAGCUCAUUGAGCUGACAAAUGCGAUGGCAUACGGGUACGUCAACUGGCCACAAGCAAUAUCUUUGCCACAUGUCCUACAUAUGGCCCAUCACCUUUCUAAAUUCUGCGGGGAGGUUUUAAGAAAUGGGGAUGACUUAUUUGAGUCGUGUGCUAUAUUUGGUCUUCAGUACAGACCAUUCUUCAUAUAA